AUGGUGGCAUAUGCAUGGAAUCCCCGCAAGUGGGAAGCUGAGGAAGAAGGACGAAGAAUACAGGGCACUUCAAGGGGACAAGGACUAACUCCAAACUGCUACAGUGAAGAAGAACACAGCAGCAGGACCGGUGGGCACCAAGCAGUAGGCUCAAAGAGCAGCAGCAACACGGGUCACAGUGGAAGAGAUGGCUUUGGUCUUGGGAGACUGGGCCAGCAGGAAAGGACGUCAGAGGAGAAAGGGGGCUGGGGAAGCAAGAGCACUGAGACCUCAAAACCCUGUCCCUCUAAAACUGCAAGGGAGAGCUGGAGACGGGAAGACGCCUCGGAUCCCCGGCCGACUCCACGCGCUGCCGCGUUCUCAAGAGAGACCACUGAGCGAGUGUCGAGGACAAAACUCUUCAGAACCAGGCCUGGUUGCUUCAGCCAGUCCGACCUUUACGGCCGAGAGAGAGAGACUCUCAGCUUUCGGUGGGUUCCACAGCCAGACGGGCCACCAUCUUACAUUAGGCACCCACCACCCUGGACCGUUCUCACCGUGAAAGCGCCGGUGAGGAAAUGCCCUAAAUCAUUCUGUUCACGUUGCCCAAGAGGACGACAGACCCUGCAAUUAAAGUAUGUUUCUUAUAAUGGCAAGCUUCGGAGUCCUACCGGAACGCUAUGUGCGCCAAGCUCCCAAACUCCCCGUAUAUACACAAAGCCCCAAACCAGCUCCGGGAAUCCUCAGUCGCAAACCUAGGCCUGAGGUCCAACUGGCGCUCGAAAGCAGCCGUUUGUGCUUUAUGCGUGUGUUCUUCACCCAUUCAUGCAACAAAUCCUCUCUGUGCUUCUUCUGGGUGCUCAGCACUGCCCAUUACCUUGGGAUUGUAAUAGUAAGCAAAGCUCACAAUUCCCUGUCCCCGUUCCAGUCAUUCCAGUGAGUGUGAAUUGGGCUUCGGGAGAGAGAACAGAACGCUGUUUUUUGUUUGUUUGUUUGUUUUCCAGUAUCGGGAAUUGAACUCAGGACCUUGUGCUUGCCUGGCAGGUGCGGAGACACUGAGCUAAAUCCCCAGCCCCAGGACGAAGUAAUUUAAAGACAGGAUAAAAUAUGUCACUAAGAAGGGGAAAAACAAGGAAGAGGCAUAGGGAAAGAGAUUGCAAUUUUAAAUCUAAAAAUA